AUGGACCUUGUCCAAGAUGUGGCGAUACAUUCGCAACAAACCAAAAAUUCAAGUAUCAUUUAACUGAAAAAAAGUAUUCUUGUGCACCUCGAAAUAUAUUACAAGCAACUGGAUCGAGAUUACGAAAAAAAGUCAAAGAAUUAGGUGACAAGGAUCGUGGUCAGCCAAAAAAUUUGGCCGAAACCAAAGCUCUUUAUAAUGAAUUAUUGCAACUGGAUCCAAAUACAUAUUUCCGACCUGUAACAGAAGAAGAAAAGCAUGAAGAGCAAGGAUUUUUUGAUGAACCUGAAAUCAAGGAAGCAAAUCUUCAGCAUGAAACAUCUCCAAUGACUGCAAAGAAUAUGUUUAAAAUAGAUGGAGCCGAAUAUGCUUUUUCAACCUGGUUUACAGAAACUAAAAAGAUAGAUUUGGCCAGUGUAAUAUUAGAAGCAGAAAAUGAAGAUGAAGCUAUGCAGGAG